AUGGCCAUCAACAACGGCAAUCACGGCGAGAAACCACCGAUAGCGGUGGUUGUGGUCCCUCUACCAGCUCAAGGCCACCUCAACCAACUCCUCCACCUCUCCCGCCGCCUCGCCUCCGCCUCCGCCGCCGCCGGCAACCUCUCCGUCCACUACGUCGCCGGCGCCGCCCACAUCCGCCAGGCGAAGCUCCGAGCCCUCGGCCCGGACCCGAACCCGUCCCCUGUUCCAAACAUCGACUUCCACGAACUCCCGGUCCCACCCUUCAACAACCCGGAACCCGACCCGCACGCGCCGACCAAAUUCCCCUCCCAACUAAUCCCGUCUUUCCACGCAGCCCUCGACCUCCGGGCCCCAAUCCUCGCCUUUGUAACCGAACUUUCGGCCCGACACAAAAGGGUCGUCGUCAUAUACGACUCUCUAAUGACUUACGUCGUGCAGGACGUUGACUCUGUUCCCAACGUCGAGUCGUACUGUUUCUGGAGCGUGUCGGCCUUUUGCCUGCAAUUCUCCAGAUGGGACGCCGACGGACGGCCCGACUUGCCGGAAAACGAGAAAGAAACCGAGAUUCUCUUCAGAGACCUUCCGGGCCUCGACAAUUUAUUCCCCCCUGAAUUUGCCCUGUUUCGAAAAAUGCAGCGGUCUUCCCGGAAGACCUUCUUGGGAGAUAUUUAUAACUCGAGCCGGGUAAUCGAGGGCCCGUAUCUCGAAUACCUCGCAAAAGGAGUCGAAAAGCAAUGGGCCGUCGGCCCAUUUAAUCCAGUCGGGAUAGUUCAUAAUCCCGAAUCAAGAAUCAAGAACGAAUGCCUCGAUUGGCUCGAUCAACAAUCCCCGGACAGCUCGGUUAUAUUCGUGUCGUUCGGGACUACGACUUCCAUUUCCGACGAGCAGAUAAAUGAGCUGGCAAUCGGGCUCGAGAAAAGCGGGCAGAAAUUCAUCUGGGCCUUGAGGGAAGCGGACAAAGGCGACAUCUUUACGGGAGGAGGAGAACGGGCCCAGCGAAGGCCCGUUCUCCCAAACGGGUUUGAGGAGAGAGUGAAGGGCCGGGGCCUCAUUGUUCGAGAGUGGGCCCCACAGCUCAAAAUCCUCGGGCACCGUGCAACGGGCGCCAUUGUGGUUGGAAUUCGCAUGGAGAGCAUGAGCAAUGGAGUGCCGAUUGCGGCAUGGCCCAUGCAUUCGGACCAGCCGGCAAACGCGGUGUUGGUGACUCGGGUUUUGAAAAUCGGGCUUCGGGUUAAGGAUGAUGAUGCGGGCCCCACCAUGGAAAACGAGGUCGUGAGGGCUUGUGUUGUGGAGAAGGUUGUGAGGAGAUUGAUGGCUUCUGAGGAAGGGGGUGAGAUUAGGAAAAGGGCUCGAGAGUUGGGAGUUGCUGUUAGGGAUUGUGUGAAAGAAGGUGGGGUCAUAAGGAAAUGGAUUCCUUUGUUAGUCACAUUACUAGAUGAAAACUCUACUCCAAAUCCAAUGGCCACCACCACCUCAAGCCCUCACGAAAACGGCGGCCGCCACCACGAAAAACCCAAAGUCGCGGUUGUCAUGGUGCCGUUGCCGGCACAAGGCCACCUAAACCAACUCCUCCACCUCUCUUGCCGCCUCGUCUCCACCUCUAACCUCCCCAUUUACUUCACCGGCUCCGGCGCCCAUGUCCAGCAAGCCAAGCUCCGGGCCCACGGCUGGCACCCGACCCACCUCUCCAAAAUGCACUUCCACGAGCUCCCCACCCCAGCUUUCGAAAAUCCAAAUCCCGACCCGAAUGCCCCCACAAAAUUCCCGUCUCAGCUCCUCCCCUCGUUUUCCGCCACCACCAAUCUUCGCGACCCGUUUUUCGCAUUCAUUCAAAACCUCUCGAAAGACUACACGAGAAUUAUCGUCGUGUACGAUUCCCUCAUGGCUUACGUGGUGCAGGACUUGGACUCCGUGCCAAACGCAGAGUGUUACACCUUUUGGAGCGUCUCGGCUUUCGCCUCGUAUUUUUUCACGUGGCACAUGUCCGGAAAGCCCGAUUUACCGGCCAAGGUCGCCUCGGUUUUAAACGAGACACCGAGCCCGAUAGGGAUUUUUCCUCCCGAGCUCAACGAGUUCUUCAAACUCCAGCUCGAGUCAAAGAAGAGAAUCUCCGGAAGCAUCCAGAACACCAAUAGAUUGAUCGAAGGUGCGUAUCUCGACUUGCUCGCCGAGGCGCGGAAAGACGAGAUGGAACGGCAUUUCGCGGUCGGCCCGUUUAAUCCGGCCCCGGUUAUUCGUUCCGGAAGCCAUAAAUGCCUCGACUGGCUCGACAAACAGGGGACGUCGAAUUCCGUGGUUUUCGUUUCGUUCGGUUCGACGACUUCCGUUCCCGACGAGCAGAUUCGCGAGCUGGCGACGGGGCUCGAGAGGAGCGGGCAGAAGUUCGUUUGGGUGUUGCGGGACGCGGAUAAAGGCAACAUCUUUACGGGAGGAGAGGCCCGAAGGCCCGUUUUGCCGGAGGGUUUCGAGGAGAGAGUGAAGGGCCGGGGGCUCGUCGUUCGAGAGUGGGCCCCACAGCUCGAAAUCCUCGGUCACCGUGCAAUUGGGGGUUUUAUGAGCCAUUGCGGAUGGAAUUCGUGCAUGGAGAGCAUGAGCAAUGGAGUGCCGGUUAUUGCUUGGCCCAUGCAUUCGGACCAACCGGCGAACGCGGUUUUGAUGACUAAGGUGUUGAGAAUUGGGGUGGAGGUUGGUCGGGAGGAGAUGAUUGUGCCGGCGAGUGUUGUCGAGAGUGUUGUGAGGAGAUUGAUGGAUUCUGAAGAAGGGGAGGAGAUUAGGAGGAGGGCUCGAGAGUUGGGAGUUGCUGUUAGGGAUUCUGUGGAAGAAGGGGGAGUUAGCAAGAAGGAGUUGGAUUCGUUUAUCAGUCACAUUACGAGAUUAGAAUAA